AUGUUUUUGGAUUUCGGUCAGCUUCUAACACACUCAUGUUUUUCGAUUGCAUACAGUGCUGCAAUCAGGAUAAAUUUGACCAUCCAAUCAAAAUUAGACAAUCUAGAUUUAAAACAGUUUAAUAAAAAUAAUAGAUCUGCUUUAAAUUUGAACGAGGGACAUAUGAUGCAUGGUGUAUUUCACUCUAAUGGAUUUGGACAUUUGUUAUGUGUUAAUGGCUUGGAAACUGGUUCCAAUUUGGGUGGGAAUCAAAUUAUGGAGUUUUGGAAUCGUUUGUGCAAUGGAUUGCAAGCAAGGAAAGUGAGUUUGAAUGACACAUCACAAAAAAGAGGCAUGGAAUUGAGACUUGUGAAUGGAAUAGCAUACAGUGAGCCAUGGUUUGGUCGUUGGGGAUAUAAAUUUGGUCGAGGAUGUUUUGGUGUAACACAAUCAAUGUACCAAAAAGCCAUAGAAGCAAUAAGAAGCAUGCCACUAUACUUACUCACACAUCACAUUGCAAAUUUCAAUCAUGAAAUCCCAUUAAUCUUCUCAAGGUACCAAACACUUUCUGAUCACUCUCUUAUCACACUUGGUGACUUAUUUCACUACAUGUUAGAGCUCAAGUCACGGCUUCCACGCGAAACAUCCAUUAGUUCCUACAACACAAGUGCUUUAGUCGAAACAAAUUGUCGUUGGUCACCUAAAAGGAUCGAAAUGGCAACAAGGGUCAUUGUCGAGGCCUUAAAAAGAAUGGAAUUCAGGUGGAUUUCAAGACAAGAAGUUAGGGAUGCCGCACGUGCUUACAUUGGCGACACUGGUUUGUUGGAUUUUGUUUUGAAGUCGCUAGGAAACCACAUUGUUGGAAACUACUUGGUUCGUCGAAGUUUGAAUCCGGUUACCAAAGUUUUGGAGUAUUGUUUAGAAGACAUUUCUAAUGCUUACCCUUUUAAUGAAGGGUUGGUUAUGAGUAGUAGUAAUAAAGUUAAGGACAAGUACAAGAUCACAAAGGGUCAACUCAUGAAAGACAUGAUUUGUUUGUAUAAAUACAUACUAAUUGACACAAAACCAAUUAUAGGGUUAGAAUUUCUUUCAGCUAUACCAUUGGCAGCUAGAAUAAUUCUUGACACUAAAUAUUUUAUCAAAGACUAUGGAGAGGUUCCUUUGCAAGUUGAAGUAGGAUCAGAAGGAAAAUUCAAUCUUUAUUGUACAAUUUUGUUGAGGAAUGUUAACAAUGUAGUACAUGAUCAUGAGUAUUAUUUGAACAAGGAUAUGCCAAUGACAAUUCCAAUUCCAAUUCCAAUGCCACCUUAUGAAUGUAUCACAUUGAAAAGUUGUGCUACAAUUAAUGACUUAAAGAUAGAAGUUGAAAGGAAUUUUAGGGAAAUCUAUUGGGGAUUAAAGAGUUAUGUAGUGGAAUCUAAUGGGAAUUUGAUGAAUGCAAAAGGGAAUGAAAUGGUUUUUGGGAUGAUUGAAGUUGGUGGAAAACUUGUACUUGAAGGUUGGAAUGGUGGUGACAUUGGAAUCAAUAUGGUUGAGCAAAGGGAUCCAAAUAAAGGCAUUGUUGAGUGCAUUUGUGGAACUAAAGAAGAUGAUGGUGAGAGAAUGGUGUCUUGUGAUAUUUGUGAAAUUUGGCAACACACUAGGUGUGUUAGAAUUCCAAAUGAUGAAGAAGUUCCUCAUAUUUUUCUAUGUAAAAGGUGUGAGCAAGAAAUUGUUCUUUUCCCUUCUUUGCCAUAACUAUA